AUGUCUCAUGUAGACCAGUUGGUUCUUGCAGUCAGGUAUGUUUUAAAUGACGGUGUACCCUGUGAACGAUUUCUUACCUUCAUCCCGUCAGUUGGACAUACCGCAGAGGGUAUGUUUAAAAGUGUGAUGAGAGAACUAGGAAAUCUGGAAAUAAACAUUGAUGACUGCCGAGGCCAAUCGUACGAUAAUGCCUCAAAUAUGUCGGGGACUUACAAUGGUCUUCAGGCAAAGAUAAAGAGCAAAAGUCCUUUAGCUCUAUUCAUCCCGUGUGCGGCUCAUUCUUUAAAUCUGGUCGGAUCAUCUGCUGCUGAAUCUUGUGAAGAAGCGUGCAGAUUCUUCAUGUUGCUUCAAGAACUUUAUGUGUUUUUUACAUCUUCUACAAAACGAUGGGAGUGCCUGAUAGGUGUAAUGGAAGAUUCUUAUCAGAAUAAUAAGACUAUAAAAAGGGUGUGUCCUACACGAUGGUCGGCUAGGGAUGAUGCAUGUCAGAGCUUGCGAGAGUCUUGGGACGAAGUGUACAAGGCUUUGACAACAAUUUCAAAAGACCCAACAGAAAAGGCUACAACCAGAUGUGAGGCUCAAGGAAUCGCUCGGAAUCUAGAACGUUUUGAGACUGCAUUUAUGGUAUGCUUCUGGAGCACUGCCCUCCAUAGAAUUCACAAAGUCAGUAAAACUAUACAAAGUGGAACCGUUGACGUUUUGUUAGUCAGGGAUUUGUAUGGUUCUCUAGAGGAAUAUUUUGUGUCAGAAAGAAACAACUUUUCUUAUUUCGAGGAAUUGGGUAUGAAGAUAACCAAAACUGAAACAUACGAUUCAUACGAAAAAGACACAAGCAGACAAACCAAGCGAAAAGUCUGGCCAGACGAAACCCGGAGUGAAGAAGUCAACCUGACUGGCAGAGAUGACUUGAGAAUUAACACAUUUCUUCCAAUUCUAGAUUCCUUUAUUUGUGAAUUUAAGAGAAGAAAAGUGGCCUAUAGUGACUUUGUAGAUAAAUUCUACUUCCAACAUCACAGAAGAGGAACUAAGAAACAAGGCAACGAAACUUCAUCAAAUUUAUCAAAAUGA